AUGGAGUUGGUGUCAUUUGAAGAUGUAGCAGUGAAUUUCACCAAGCAAGAGUGGCAGCUCCUGGAUGCUGCUCAGAGGACUCUCUACAAGGAUGUGAUGCUGGAGAACUACAGCAUCCUGGUAUCCUUGGGGCAUUGUAUGACCAAACCAGAGUUAAUCUUCAAGUUGGAGCAUGGAUUUGCAUCAUGGAGUGUGGCUCAAGCCCCAAUUCUGAGCCUUCCUGAACAGAAUGUUCAAAAGCAAAUCCACGAGACAAAUCAUUAUGAAUGUAAACAAAGCCUGGAAACAUUCAAUAGGAAAUCACCCCUCACAAAAAAUCUGAGAAUUUACCCAGUUGAAGUUCCACACAUAUAUAAAGAAUGCACUAUGGUUUUAAUCAGCACAUCACAAUUCACUCUGCAUCUGCUCCCUCAUAAAGAUGAGAAGCUAUAUGUAUGUACAGAUAGCAGCCUCCCUCGGCAUAGAAGAACUCAUACUGGUUUGAAACCUUACAAAUGUGAUGAAUGUGGAAAAGCUUUUGGCGAGAAGUCACAUCUCAGUAUGCAUCUUAAAAUUCAUACAGGUGAGAAGCCAUAUGAAUGUAGUAAAUGUGGAAAAACUUUCUCCCAUAAGUCACACCUCACAGGCCAUUAG